GGCGCCCCGAGAGCUGCAUGUCAAAUCGGAUCGUAUGUGCAUCUGUAUGGAUGGGGACUACGCCAAAAACUCUUGAUAGCCGAUGGGAAGAUGGAGACGUGGCAACUGCAUCUUGCAGGCCGUAUAGGACUGUCUGUGUAAGAAAGGUGCUCCUUUUUUUGAUGUAAUCACACCCGUUUAUCACCGCGAAAUGACCAUAUCCAGCGAAAGCAGUCGGCAAACUUUGCCUCCGUCUUCCGUGCUCUCGCUCGCAGAUCGAUUAGACUCUUGAGUUUUUUUGGCCAUGCUCAUCUGUGGUAGAUGGCCAAAUUCCAAUACUAUACUCUAUGUUGGGGGUUAGUGUGGUACUUGGCUUAGCAAGGAAGCUUCGACAAUGAAGAGUAACAAGAGACAGCUAGUGCUUCCUCACACUCCCCCUUUCCAUGCCAACUCAGCAUCUCAGCAUCUACAUACAAUGGGCUUCUUGCUUCUGGCAGUAGUGCAUCUGUCGGUUGAAGCUUGUGAUCACAGGAGAGGGUGUCAUGGGAGUUCGAGCCCCGGGGAAGGCAGUAAGCCAGCGAAGUCCAGUCAGGCAUCACACGGUACUUACGGACAGAUCGUGAUCUCUGUGGUGUCGUUGCGGCUUGGUACAGCUGCCGACUUGGAGAGGAAAUGAGAUGUAACUUAACAAAUGUCAAUUCAAUCCCUCUCCUGCUCCCG